GCUCGUGCAUUCUAUGGAUUUCAAAUUGCGAUGGAGAAUAUCCAUUCUGGUAGAGCUUUAGAUGUAUAGCUUGCUCUUGGAGACAUAUAUCAAGGAUUCAAAAGAGAAGCAUAAAUUGUUUCAAGCUAUUGAAAACAUUCCUUGUGUGGCUAAGAAGGCAAAGUGGGCUUUGGACUGGAUUAAGAGUUCGACUUCAUUUGCAGAAAGACUUGUUGCUUUUGCAUGUGUUGAAGGGAUCUUUUUCUCAGGAAGUUUUUGUGCCAUUUUCUGGCUUAAGAAGAGGGGAUUAAUGCCUGGUUUGACUUUCUCAAAUGAGCUUAUAUCUAGAGAUGAGGGUCUUCACUGUGACUUUGCUUGCCUUCUAUACAGCUUAUUACAGAAGAAACUUCCUCGGGAAAAAGUUCAUCACAUUAUUUGCGAGGCAGUGGAAAUAGAGAUCGAGUUUGUUUGCGAGGCCCUUCCAUGUGCAUUAAUUGGCAUGAACUCAACACUCAUGAGCCAGUACAUAAAAUUUGUGGCUGAUCAUUUAUUGACUUCCUUAGGGUACCAGCGAAAAUACGAUGUGGAAAAUCCCUUUGAUUGGAUGGAAUUUAUAUCGUUACAAGGGAAAGCAAACUUUUUUGAGAGAAGAGUUGGUGAUUAUCAGAAGGCAUCUGUUAUGUCAAGCCUUCAAAAUGGUGGAAAGAAUUACGUCUUCAAGCUCGAUGAAGAUUUUUAAUCCUCUUGACAUAUUUGUCUGUUCUUAGCCACCACCAAAAGCAAUCAUCACCAUUUUUGUUACUAUUUCUGUUUUUUGGUAACAGCUUGUGUGUAAUCUUCUAUUUCUAUUGCAAGAAAAAAAAACCAGAAUCCAUCAUUUGCAUCAUUAAAUGAUAUAGCUGUUAUUAAUCUA